AUGUACGGAACAUCGACUGGCCCACAGACGGGCGUUUCUACUCCACGAUCAUCCUCAUCUCUCCGACCUCUCGUCCUUACACAUGGAUCCCUUGAGCACUCCUUUUUAAUACCUACCAAUCUUCACUUCUACGCCUCCCAGAUCAAAGACCGAUUCCUCGCAUCCCUCCCCGAGCCGACCGAUGAGUUAGCUCAAGAUGAUGAGCCCUCCUCCGAGACAGAGCUGGUUGCGAGAUACCUUGGGUUUGUUGCACAAGAUGUCGAAGAAGGCGAGGAUGAUUCCCAAGGAUCCUACGCGGAUGUUCUCAAGCUGGUGCUGAACGAAUUUGAGCGGGUAUUCUUGAGGGGUAAUGAGGUUCACGCCGUCGCUGCGACACUCCCUGGCAUUAACCAAAAGAAGUUGGAGGUUGUGCAAAGCUAUUAUGCUGCCCGAGCCGCAAUCAACCGACCCAUUAGACCCCAUCAAUCUGCCCUUUUCCGAGCAGCGAGCGACGAGAACGCAAAGAUCUAUACCGUUUUUGGUGGACAAGGAAACAUUGAGGAGUACUUUGACGAGCUUCGAGAGCUUUAUAAAACGUAUCCCUCGUUUAUAGAAGAACUGGUUAGCUCAGCGGCCGAGCUCUUACAAAAUCUGUCAAGAGAUUCGAGGGCAGUGAAACUGUACUCGAAGGGUUUAGAUGUAAUGGCAUGGCUCAGCGACCCAGACGCCACCCCAGAUGUCGAUUAUAUGGUUUCCGCGCCUGUUAGUUUCCCACUAAUUGGACUUGUGCAGCUCGCACAUUACUCUGUUACUUGCAAGGUCCUCGGUCUGACUCCAGGGCAAUUCAGAGAACAGAUUAGUGGCACUACGGGGCAUUCUCAGGGCGUUGUUCUAGCUGCUGCCACGUCCGCCGCAGAUUCAUGGGAAGACUUUGAGGAAAUUGCGACCUCUUCGCUUACAAUUCUUUUCUGGAUCGGAUCACGCAGUCAACAGACCUAUCCAAGAACGUCUUUGGCGCCUUCAAUUUUGCAAGAUUCGGUUGACAACGGAGAGGGCGCACCCACACCUAUGUUGAGCAUUCGGGACUUGUCGCAAGCCCAAGUUCAAGAGCACAUCGAUGCGACUAACCAAUACCUCCCCGAAGAUCGCCAUAUCGCCAUCUCUUUGAUCAACAGUGCACGAAAUAUGGUUGUGACUGGUCCUCCCAUCUCGUUAUAUGGCCUCAACCUUCAAUUAAGAAAGGUCAAGGCUCCAACUGGUCUGGACCAAACUAGAAUUCCAUUUACUCAACGAAAAGUUCGAUUUUCCAACAGAUUUUUGCCAAUCACAUCUCCAUUUCACAGCAAAUAUCUUGCAAAUGCUAGCGCGCAUCUGGAAGAUGAUCUCAAGGACGUCCAGAUUAACAGCAGUGAUUUAGGCAUUCCUGUCUACAACACAAACACUGGAGCGGAUCUUCGAACUGAGGUUAACGGUAACAUCGUCCCCACACUCGUGCGAUUGAUCACGCAUGAUGCCGUCAACUGGGAGAAAGCAACAGUCUUUCCAGGAGCCACUCAUGUGCUCGAUUUCGGCCCAGGAGGAAUUUCCGGUCUCGGUGUUCUUACCAGUCGCAACAAGGAUGGAACUGGUGUUCGUGUCAUCCUGGCUGGAGCCAUUGAUGGCACAGUUCCGGAAGUCGGCUACAAGCCAGAGUUGUUUGACCGAGAUGAAGAGCACGCUGUCAAAUAUGCUGUCGAUUGGGUCAAGGAACACGGUCCCCGUUUGAUCAAGACCUCAGCUGGCCACAAAUUUGUCGACACCAAAAUGAGCCGGGUGUUGGGUGUUCCCCCUGUCAUGGUCGCUGGUAUGACUCCUUGCACUGUGCCGUGGGACUUUGUUGCCGCAGUAAUGAACGCUGGUUACCAAACUGAAUUGGCUGGAGGUGGAUACUACGACGCCAAAACCAUGACCGAGGCAUUAAGGAAGAUUGAGAACAACACUCCUGCUGGGCGUGGUAUCACAAUCAACCUCAUUUACGUUAACCCGCGUGCCAUGCAAUGGCAAAUUCCUCUCAUCGCUCAACUCCGUGCCGAGGGUGUGCCAAUUGAAGGUCUUACCAUUGGAGCUGGUGUACCAUCAAUUGAAGUCGCCCAAGAAUACAUUGAAACACUCGGUUUGAAGCACAUUGCUUUUAAGCCAGGAUCCGUGGAGGCCAUUCAGGCUGUCAUUAACAUCGCCAAAGCAAACCCUCACUUCCCAGUCAUGCUUCAAUGGACUGGAGGCCGUGGCGGUGGACAUCAUUCUUUUGAAGAUUUCCAUCAACCAAUACUGCAAAUGUACGGUCGUCUUAGACGGAGCGAAAACAUCAUUCUUGUUGCAGGGAGUGGAUUUGGUGGAUCUGAAGACACAUACCCCUACCUCACGGGUACUUGGUCUGCCAAGUAUGGCUAUCCCCCAAUGCCAUUCGAUGGAUGUCUGUUCGGUAGUCGCGUGAUGACUGCAAAGGAAGCACAUACGAGCAAGAAUGCGAAGAAAGCUAUUGCCGAUGCUGAGGGUGUUGAUGAUCACAAGUGGGAACAGACCUACAAGGGUCCUACCGGUGGUGUAAUUACUGUCAGAUCCGAGAUGGGCGAGCCGAUUCAUAAGCUCGCAACUCGUGGUGUCAAAUUCUGGGCAGAAAUGGAUGCCAAGAUUUUCAGCUUGCCGAAGGAGAAGCGUGUCCCAGAACUCAAGAAGAACCGGGAUUACAUUAUCAAGAAGCUCAACGACGAUUUUCAAAAGGUCUGGUUCGGCCGCAACAAGGCCGGAGAGACCGUAGAUCUUGAGGACAUGACCUAUGGCGAGGUUGUUCGUCGUAUGGUAGACUUGAUGUUCGUGAAGCACGAGGCUCGCUGGAUCGACAGAUCUUUCGAGAAGCUUACAGGAGAUUUCAUUCGCCGUGUCGAAGAGCGCUUCACCACAGGUCAAGGAAAGCCAUCUUUACUUCAGAGCUACUCCGAGCUUGAUGAUCCAUACCCAACUGUUGAGAAAAUCUUGGCUGCCUACCCAGAGGCUGAGACACAACUCAUCAAUGCACAAGAUGUGCAACAUUUCCUCCUGCUCUGUCAACGCCGAGGUCAGAAGCCAACUACCUUCGUCCCGGUCUUGGACGAGAACUUUGAGUUCUUUUUCAAAAAGGACUCCCUGUGGCAGUCAGAGGAUUUGGAGGCUGUUAUCGAUCAAGAUGUGGGUAGAACCUGUAUAUUGCAGGGUCCCAUGGCAGUAAAGUAUGCCAAAGUGGUUGAUGAGCCCGUCAAGGACAUUCUCGACGGUGUUCACGAUGCUCAUAUCAAGAAUUUGACACGGGAUGUCUACGGGGGCCAAGAAUCUUCGAUCCCCGCCACUGAAUACUUUGGUGGGAAAUUGAUCGACACUGAGCUUGAGGUUGACCUGGAAGGUCUCACAAUUUCACAAGAUACCAACAAGACAACUUUCCGCAUUGCAUCGUCAGGAUCUGCUCCAUUACCGCCUCUUGACACCUGGUUUUCACUGCUUGCAGGUCACAAGAGGUCAUGGCGUUAUGCACUGUUCUCAUCUGAAGUCUUUGUGCAAGGUCAGAAAUUCCAAACCAACCCUAUGAAGCGCAUCUUCGCCCCAGUUCGAGGUCUCUUUGUUGAGAUCUUACAUCCGAACGAGCCAGCAAGAACAGUGAUCACAGUAAAGGAACAACCAAGACCGAACCAGUAUGUUCAAGUGCUUGAUGUUAAACUCACUGGCAAGAAUGAGAUCUCGGUGAACCUGACAAAGGAGACUACCGCUCUUGGAAAGCCUCUUGCAUUGCCGCUUAUAUUCACGUAUCACCCUGAAGCAGGAUAUGCUCCCAUUCGCGAAGUCAUGCAGACCCGGAAUGACCGCAUCAAGGAGUUUUACUGGCGGGCUUGGUUUGGUAAUGAGACUCUUGACCUGGACGCGCCCGUCACUGGCGUGUUCAAAGGUGGAAAGGCCACUAUCACGAGCGAGGCUAUUAAUGACUUUGUUCACGCUGUUGGUAAUACUGGAGAAGCGUUCGUUGACCGACCAGGAAAGGAAGUCUUUGCCCCUAUGGAUUUCGCUAUUGUCGUUGGCUGGAAAGCCAUUACCAAGCCAAUCUUUCCUAGGACCAUUGACGGUGAUCUUCUGAAGCUGGUCCAUCUUUCAAACGGCUUCCGCAUGCUACCUGGUGCCGAGGCGCUGAAGAAGGGCGAUGUAGUUGAGACUACUGCUCUAAUAAAUGCUGUCAUUAACCAAGACGCUGGCAAGAUGGUUGAGGUUUGCGGAACGAUUACACGCGAAGGCCGCCCAGUCAUGGAAGUCACCUCGCAAUUCUUGUAUCGUGGUGUCUACGACGAUUUCGAGAACACUUUCCAGCGAAAGACGGAGACUCCAAUGCAGAUUCAUCUUGCAACAAGCAAGGACGUGGCUGUCUUGAGAUCUAAGGAGUGGUUCGGUCUCGAUGAGCCUGAACAAGAGCUACUUGGUCAGACCCUCACCUUCCGUCUGCAAAGUUUGAUGCAUUUCAAGAACAAGACGGUUUUUAGCAAUGUGGAAACUCGGGGCCAAGUUCUCUUAGAACUACCAACCAAAGAGAUUAUCCAAGUCGCCAGUGUCGAAUACGAAGCGGGUGUAUCGCACGGAAAUCCAGUAAUUGAUUACCUCCAACGACAUGGAUCUUCUAUCGAGCAGCCAGUGAUCUUCGAGAAUGCCAUUCCCCUCAACGGCAAGACCCCGCUCCUUCUAAGAGCACCUGCAUCCAACGAGCCAUACGCUCGCGUUUCCGGUGACUACAAUCCUAUUCACGUAUCUCGUGUCUUCGCCGGUUACGCCAACUUACCUGGUACAAUUACUCACGGCAUGUACUCUAGCGCUGCUGUACGGAGUCUUGUCGAGACCUGGGCUGCCGAGAACAAUGUUGGCCGUGUAAGAAGCUUCCAUGCGUCGCUUACUGGCAUGGUUCUUCCAAAUGAUGAUAUCGAGGUCAAGCUUCAGCAUGUUGGUAUGGUUGCUGGCCGAAAGAUUAUCAAGGUGGAGGCAAGCAACAAGGAUACAGAGGACAAGGUCUUACUUGGUGAAGCCGAAGUUGAACAACCAGUCUCGUCCUAUGUCUUCACUGGACAAGGUUCUCAGGAGCAAGGAAUGGGUAUGGAGCUUUAUGCAAGCAGUGAAGUUGCCAAAGAAGUCUGGGACAGAGCCGACAAACAUUUCAUGGACAACUAUGGUUUCAAAAUCACCAACAUUGUGAGGAACAACCCCAAAGAGCUUACCAUCCACUUUGGUGGUCCUCGCGGUAAAGCCAUCCGUCAGAACUACAUGACAAUGACUUUCGAGACUGUCGGCGCCGAUGGCUCCACAAAGUCUGAGAAGAUUUUCAAGGAGAUUGAUGAACAUACCACAUCAUACACAUACCGAUCGCCGACUGGCCUUCUUUCCGCAACGCAGUUCACCCAGCCGGCCUUGACCCUCAUGGAAAAGGCUAGUUUCGAGGACAUGAGAUCAAAGGGCCUCGUGCAACGUGACAGCAGUUUCGCCGGUCACUCCCUCGGAGAAUACUCUGCUCUUGCUGCUCUUGCAGAUGUCAUGCCUAUCGAGAGUUUAGUAUCCGUUGUCUUCUACCGUGGCCUCACUAUGCAAGUAGCCGUCGAACGCGACGAAAUGGGACGCUCCAACUACUCCAUGUGCGCCGUCAACCCCUCCCGCAUCUCCACAACCUUCAACGAAGAAGCCCUGCAAUACGUUGUUGCCAACAUCGCCGAGGAGACCAAUUGGCUGCUCGAGAUUGUCAACUACAACAUCGCAAACAUGCAAUACGUGUGUGCUGGUGACCUGCGUGCUCUCGACACCCUUACAGGCGUCACGAACUAUCUCAAGGCCCAGAAAAUCGACAUCCAGCAAUUGAUGCAAACCCUCUCCCUCGAAGAUGUCAAAGCGCAUCUUGGAGAAAUCAUCCGCGAGUGCGCCAAGCAGACAGAAGCCAAGCCCAAGCCGUUGGAUCUCCAACGUGGCUUCGCCACCAUCCCGCUCAAGGGCAUCGACGUACCUUUCCACUCCACAUUUUUGAGAUCCGGCGUCAAGCCCUUCCGUUCCUUCCUGUUGAAGAAAAUCAACAAGACGACGAUCGAUCCAAGCAAGCUGAUUGGGAAGUACAUACCCAACGUGACAGCGCGGCCGUUCGAGCUUACAAAGGAGUAUUUCGAGGAUGUGUAUCGGCUUACGAACAGUCCGAAGAUUGGAGCGGUGCUUGCGAACUGGGAGAAGUAUGAAGAGCCUGUUACAAACGGGGUUAAUGGAACGCACUAG